CUUAAUGAUGAAGACAUUUAUACACCAGUCAUGUUCCUGAAUGCGCAGUUGAAAAAACAAGCCAGAAGAUACGAGAUUCAAGAAGCAAAUAUGAAGACUGCCAUUCACAAAUUAGAAAGUAACAUCCAACGUCAACUACAAGGAGGAAGAGCAUCUACUGGUGAUGUCAGGAUUGUAGUGCUGGGAGAAUAUGGAAGUGGUAAAAGUGCUACUGGGAACACAAUCCUUGGAUCAAAUCUGUUUGAAGUUGGAUGUUGGUUAACUACCAAUGCUUGUCAGAAAGAGUUUGCAGAAGUCAGUGGGAGAUUGAUCACUGUUAUUGAUACUCCAGGACUCUUUCAGGUCAGCUUUUAUGGCGAGAUAAACAAGGAGGUCACCAAGUCUAUUGCUAUGGUAUCACAAGGGUUACAUGUAUUUCUGCUGGUGUUAGAUAAGACUUUCCUGCUUUACAGAGAAAAAGAUUUCAUUCGUGUGAUCCAAGACACAUUUGGUAAACAAUGCUGGUCAUACACAAUUAUUCUGUUUACUACAAAAUGCUACUUUGACGAAAUCAACCCAGAGGAAUAUAUACGCUCUAAGCGCUGUAUGGGAAGCUUAAUGUAUGAAUGUGGGAACAGAUACCACGUGUUCGACAACACAAAUCCGGAAAAGGAGAGAAAAAAGAAAUACGAACAAGAAAAGAAUAGAGACUGAGGCAAGUGAAAAAAUAAGACUGAUGAAGGAACAACUGGAAUUACAAAAGGAAAGAGAGGAGAAAGAAAGGAAAAAACAAAGAUGAACAACAUAAAAAGGAAAUGCAAGAGCAACCACAGGUACUGCAGAGGGCUUUUAGAAAUCAGAGAGAGGAAGCAGAAAAAAAUCGCACUGAAAUGGAGCAAAGAUAUCUUACAUUCAUUAGACAGACACACAGCAAAGAGAAAGAGGACCUUAAAAAAGAGGUUAAAGAAGCAAGAAGCAUGGGCUUUAAAGAGGGUCAAAGAAAAAUAUAAUCAGAAAGAUGGAAUUUGGGCAGAGCUGUAGAUUCAGUGGCAAGCUGGUUUUGGAAGGUAUGGAAUUAAUAAAUCCAUGUUCACCCUCUUUUCAAAACACUCACAAACUCAUCCAGAUUUUAUGUGAUAUCACACAGACUUUCUGAUCUACAGCACAGUCUUUUAUAUCUCCUCUCUUACUUUAAAUCCAGAAAAGUAAUGUGGAUGGGUAUCACAGGGUUUCACACACAGCUACUCUGCAUGACCUGUAAAAAGAGGACCUAAAGGAAACACAUGCAGAGACAAAAAACAACUGAACUUCUCACCUAGAGAUUCUUACCAUAGAGAUCAAUCCCACAAACCCCAGAUCUGAUUUUCACUCCAGGUGGAUUUUACUUUUUACUCUACAGCUAUACAGUAAAAUUGAUCUAAACUUGUAGACCUGUACAGUGAAAUAGUGUUUUAAUAGGUGACACAUUGUCCUAUCGUAAUAGACCCUAAACAAAAUACAUUAGCAUGCUAAAAUGCAUGUGACAGCAAUAUGUAAAUAAUGAGAUGUAUCCUCAGG